AUGGCCGGCGUAGGUCAAAGAAGAGCCCACAAGAUCACGCCCAAACUGACCACGCGCAUCGCAGAUAUCAUCAGGGAUCUACAAGCACGCCUACCUCCUCGAAGCGCAACGAAGCUCGAUCCAGCUAACGCCUUUCUCAGCACCCUUAUCCGGAAGAACACGGUCUUCCUAGGCACUAUCUUUCUGGGGGCAUUCGCAAUACAGAUGGGCUUCGACACUGCUGCGGAUCGGAUAUGGGAUACUAUCAACAGGGGUCGGCAAUGGAAGGACAUCAAGAAGAGAUAUAUCGAACACGACGACGACGAGUAG